AUGGAUGAUAGAGUUGUAUUGAAGAUUUAUUAUUACGGACAGAUCUUAUUACAAACAUAUGAGGGAGUUCAAUUUGUGUGUGAAAAUCCAUUAGAUGUUGUUAUUCCGUUCACAUUGUCAUUUGAGGAGUUGAAAGGUGUGAUUUGUGAGAAGAUAGGCACGCAAAGAUGUAGGAGAAUAUCGUGUAUUGUGUACAGGUAUCCUUUACCUGUGUUUGGCGGAUUUGUUCAAUUUCAGACCAAGUAUGUGAUGGACGAAGCGAGUAUGCAGGAAAUAUUUUCAAUGUACAUGGAAAAUCGCCACCGAAUAUCGUGCAUCGAGUUAUAUAUUGAGUUUGAGCAAUCUGAAGCGGACCGUAACAUUGAAUUGGAAGAUUAUAAUAGUGAAAGCGAAGAUGAAUUUGAAAGUAACUAUGAGAUCGUCGGUCCAGGUGAGGACGAAGAAGCAGCUGUUGGCGCCAUGAACGCAAAUGUGGCGGAAGUUGCAAAUGCACUAGCAAACCCGCAUCCGUUUCAAGAGCCUUCUUUCAUGCGGUCGUUGGAUUUGGGGGCUAUGCACGCACCGGAGUUUCCGCAAUAUAUGAAUCCAGCCCCUCCUGUUGUGGCGGAUGGUGAAUUCACAGUGGGGAUGGAAUUCAGCUCAAGGGAGGCAGUAAUCAAGGCAAUCAAAGAUUAUACCAUCCGGAGAGGUGUGGACUAUCAGGUAUAUGAGUCGGAACCGACGACAUUCUAUGCCAAAUGUAUAGAAUAUGGGAAUGGUUGUGACUGGUUGAUCAGGGUAACCAAAAUGCAGAAGAAGUACUGUUGGGAGAUAAGGAGGUACAAUGGAAGUCAUACUUGUACCAGGUCUACUAUUUCUCAAGACCAUUCGAAGCUGGAUUCCAAGACAGUUGCAGAAGCAAUAAAGCCGUUGGUAGAGGUUGACCCGUCUAUAAAGGUGAAAUCAGUAAUUGCUGAUAUCCAGUCAAAGUUUAACUACACCAUCAGUUAUCGCAAGGCUUGGUUAGCAAAGCAGCAGGCGGUCGAAUCAAUUUUUGGAAGUUGGGAAGCAUCGUAUGAAGCUUUGCCGAUAUGGUUUGAGGCCAUGUGCCACAAAGAGCCAUCAGCAGUGGUUCACUUUGAAACAAUGCCAGCUUACCAGGGGGAUGAUUUGGUUCCUGAUAUACGUGUUCUACAUAGAGUCUUCUGGAGUUAUUACCCCUGUAUAAGGGCCUUCAGACACUGCAAGCCAGUGGUGCAGGUGGACGGGACUCAUUUGUAUGGAAAAUACAAGGGUUGUUUAUUGGUUGCAGUGUCACAAGAUGGUAAUAACAACAUCGUGCCUAUUGCAUUUGCCAUAGUGGAGGGAGAGACUUCUGAUGCAUGGCACUUUUUUCUGAGCAACCUGCGUCAACAUGUGGUGACCCGUGAUGGUGUCGGACUAAUCUCCGAUCGACACGAUUCGAUUAGGUCAGCUAUUGAACGAAGUAAUGGGGCGUGGUCUCCUCCAAGAGCUUUCCAUAUGUUUUGUAUCCGGCAUAUUGAGUCCAACUUCUUGAGGAAGUUCAAAGCACCUUACCUGCAGAAGCUUAUCGUCAACAUUGGAUACUCGAGGACGACCAGGGAGUACCAGAUGCGCUAUGAACGAUUAAAGGAACGGGGUGAGGCUUACACCAAUUGGCUUGAUCGGAUCCCUCGUGAGCAGUAUGCUUUGGCAUUUGAUGGUGGUUACCGAUGGGUCAUAUGA